UGUCUGAAUUAUUCUCUCUUGACGAACCUAAUUUCUUUAAAAAUAAAAAAUAAAAAAGCAAAGAAAAAGUUUACACCAAAAAGAUGGAAAAGAAGCAGCUCUGAACUUUCAGAGAACACCACUUGUGUAGCUUAUUCUCCAUGUGAAUACACACUUCUUGAUCAGAAGUUUCAAAUUCACAUUUGAAAAUUAAACACGGCAAUCUCUCUGUUGUGUUUCAGCAGCUUCCCCGUUUCUCACUUGAUCAUCGUCGUCAUCCUCUUCAUCAACACCUUAAUUACCCUCUAAUCUUCCUCUUCUCUUAGAUAUCAUCAAGAACCCAAUUAGCAGCAAAUACUUUUCCAAAACAAUAACCAUGAAGAAACUCCUUCUCCCUCCUCUGCUUCUUUACUUCCUUCCCCUGUUUCUGCAAAUUGCCACCCUACUCUCUGCACCUAUCUACACUCCGGUCGAAGACAUCACCAUCAACUGUGGCUCUUCCGGAACCUCAUUGAACGUGGAUGACAACCGGACUUGGACUGGAGAUAUCAACUCCAAAUUCUCCCCUUUUGAAUUACACCAAGCUAGCACCAACACCUCAUCCCAAGUCAGCGAAGCACCUCCCUCCUCCUCUGUUAGCCCAGUGCCUUACACCACGGCUAGGCUCUCUCGCUCCGAAUUUUCUUACAAAGUUCCCCUCACCACCGGGCAGAAGUUUAUUCGUUUAUACUUCCACCCAGUUUCAUAUGACCCCGGCUUCGACCGAUCCAAAGCCCUCUUCUCUGUCCAAGCCGGUGGCUUUACCCUUCUCCAUGAUUUCAAUGCUUCUGUAACUGCUGAUGCUAGUGAGACUGAGAAGCUAAUAAGAGAGUUCUGUUUGAACAUUGAUGAAGAACAGAGCUUGACCAUCACGUUCACUCCGAGCAGGGCAGAUGCUUAUGCCUUUAUCAAUGGGAUUGAGAUUGUGUCCAUGCCCACCAAUCUUUACUACACUGCAUCUGAAAGCCAUGGAGUUGAUUAUGUAGGCAACGACGUCAAAUAUAGUAUCAAAAACAGCACAGCGAUGGAGAUGGUGUACCGAAUAAACAUUGGUGGAAGCGGAAUCUUAUUCAAUCAAGACACUGGUAUGUACCGAAAUUGGGACAGUCUACGAGAGGAGGAAAAGUACUUGAGUUCUAAAUGGAGCGUUCUUCCACAAAACGUUAGCAUUGAACUCAACUUUGUGAAAAUACCAAACUACUCUGCUCCACAAGCAGUUUACCAAACGGGCCGGUCCAUGGGCAAUAACCACACCAGAAACAAGAGCUACAACAUGACCUGGGAAUUUCCCGUAGAUCCCAAGUUUCUUUACCUGCUCAGGCUUCAUUUCUGUGAGUUUGAGCCUGAGAUUAUCGACACCGGGGAUCGAUCGUUUAUAAUCUACAUAGCGAAUCAAACUGCUGAGCCACAAGCCGACAUAAUCGUGUGGAGUGGUGGAAAUGGGAGACCAAUCUACAGGGAUUACGUCGUGUUCAUGCUGGCAGGCCCUGAUCAGAAGAAAGUUAAGCUCUUUCUUGCACUGCAAGCAAGCCCAAGAAAUUGGGAGACUGGAUACAAUGAUGUACUCUUGAACGGCCUUGAACUCUUCAAACUCAGUGAUACAAAUGGAAAUCUCGCAGGACCAAACCCCGACCCACCUCCACCAAAGCCGAUGCAGCCGAAAACCCCCUCAAAACAGUCGAAGAAGAAGUCAACUCCUAUGCUUGCCAUCGUUGCUGGUGCAGUUUCCGCCAUACUUGUAUUAUUCUGUGUCCUCGGAUUCUUUGUUUUCAGUCGAAGAAGAAGAGACAAGGAUACCGAUGAUGACCCAUUUGUACCUUCCGGUUUGUGUCGUGACAUCGAUCAGGGCACCCUUGUUGCGAUCAAACGGCUUAAACCCAAGUCGCAACAAGGGGUCCCAGAGUUUAGGGCGGAGAUCGAUGUGCUCUCCCAACUCCGCCACCAACAUUUGGUGUCUCUCAUCGGGUACUGUAAAGAUAGAAGGGAAAUGAUCUUGGUGUAUGAGUACAUGGAAAAUAAGACUCUUUAUGAUCAUCUAAUGAACCCAAAAUCCGAUCCUAAUGCACAACCACUUUCUUGGGAAAAACGGCUCCAAAUUUGUAUUGGCGCAGCGCGUGGUUUGCACUACCUUCACACUGGUGGUACGGAAGGCACCAUCAUCCACCGUGAUGUAAAAAGCACGAACAUUUUAUUGGACGAGAAAUGGGUGGCCAAAGUUUCGGAUUUCGGGUUGUCGAAAAUGAGCUCGAUAACCAUGUCGAAGACCCACAUUACCACGGCAGUGAAGGGUAGUUAUGGGUAUUUGGACCCAGAAUACAUGCUUCGAAAUCAAUUGACUGAGAAGUCGGAUGUGUACUCAUUCGGCGUCGUGUUGUGUGAGGUGUUGUGUGCAAGGCCAGCCUUGAUGCGUACAGUGGAGAAGAAGGAAAUGAGUUUGGCUAUCUGGUUCAAGGCCUGCCAUCAGAAUGGGGAACUUGAUCAAAUCAUCGAUCCAAGCUUGAAGGGUAAAAUUGAAGACGAAUGCUUCAAAGUGUUUGUUGAGAUUGCGUUGAGUUGUAUGCAUGAGAAUGGGAGACAACGUCCGUCGAUGAACAACGUGGUGGAUGGGCUUGUGCAAGCAUUAAAACUUCAGCAGAACGGAGAUAAAAUGGACGAGGAUGAUGAAACCAAGGGUGAAUCGAAGGAGGCUGUAAUUAUGAACGAGAGCGAUAGAGGUUUUAGUUCCAGCUGGACAGAGUCGUCGGAUUCGAAGAACAGUAGUAGGGUGACCAACACCAGUAGUGACCAAAGUUGUUCGACCACCAACAAUUCCAUUAAAGGAAUGUCCGGGACAGUUUUUUCCGAGAUCAAAGAUCCUAGUGGAAGAUGAUGCGUGACGAUCAUGAUCAGCACUUGUAAUAAAAUUAAAGAGAACAAUAUGUCUGGCUAAAACUCAGAAGCUUCAUUUGGAUUGUAUGGUAUGUUUUAAUAUUAUUGUAAGCUUGUAAUUCUAACUCAAUUUGUGAUUGUUAUUUCUUAAAAUUCCAAGGCGUGUACAAGAUGCAUGAAUUGUUUAUUCCGAU